UGCAGCUCCCCGGAGCACAGGGGUGACCGCCCGACGCCGGCUUUCCCGGGGGAGGUGCGGUUCCUCCCUACGCGGGGCUUGCAUGCUCCGGCGGGAAAGCCCAGCUCCUCGUCGGGGUUGUCGGUCUAAGCUGGCUUUGCCCGGCCCCGGAGCAGAGUGCAGGUAUUUCUGGCGAGCUGUUAUCGCUUACAAGGGACUUCAGAGAAUGACCUGAGCCAACCUCCGAAGGAUCGGCAUUGCACGGGGGCAGCGGUGGUAGCAGCCAUACAAAGGCUUGGAGGAAAUGUUCUGAAUGGACGAUGAAAUGAAGCAUUUCUGCCUGCAAGGGGAAGUUGUAUGAGAAGAAUUUGCUGUAGCGAAGCAGCAGCACCCCGCUGGGCUCCUGGCUCCAGCUACUAUGGCCCAAUCCAGGGUCUGGAAUAGCAUCAAAUCCAUGCUGAGAAAGAACGAUGACCCCUUGUUCUUGAACGACUCCAGUGCCUUUGAUUUUUCAGAUGAAGUGGGGGAGGAGGACUUCCCCCGGUUUAACAAGUUGCGAGUUGUGGUUUCUGAUGACACUUCGGAUGCAGCUCCGGACAGACCUGUCAAUGGGGCUCACCUAGGUCUGCAGUCCGAUGACGACUCCUUGCUGGACCGGGAUAUUGCUCUGCGGAGCACACAGACUAGCUCCCCCAGGACGGACCCUUGUAGCAAUUGCAGUAAACAGAGGGAACUAUCAAAACAGAGGAAGGUGAAAAAACAGCUGAUCCUGGCUGCCGUUCUCUAUCUCUUCUUUAUGAUUGGAGAGCUCAUAGGUGGAUAUGUUGCUAAUAGUCUAGCAAUCAUGAUGGAUGCACUUCAUAUGCUAACUGACCUCAGUGGUAUUCUUUUGACUCUGCUUGCUUUGUGGCUGUCUGCAAAAUCUCCCACAAAAAAGUUCACCUUUGGAUUUCACCGCUUAGAGGUGUUGUCAGCCCUUGUUAGUGUAUUGCUGGUAUAUAUCCUAAUGGUGGUGUUCUUAUAUGAAGCUGUUCAAAGAACUAUCCAUAUGGACUAUGAAAUUAAUGGAGAUAUAAUGCUCAUUACAGCAGCUGUUGGCGUUGCAGUAAACUUGAUAAUGGGAUUUCUACUGAAUCAGUCAGGUCACCUUCAUUCCCAUUCACACUCCCAAGUACCUGCAUCAAACACUCCUAACACAGCCCACGGGCAUAGCCAGGGACACAGCAGCCUUGCAGUGAGAGCAGCAUUUGUACAUGCCCUGGGGGACUUGGUACAGAGUAUUGGUGUGCUUGUAGCUGCAUACAUCAUACGUUUCAAGCCAGAAUACAAGAUUGCUGACCCUAUAUGUACUUACAUAUUCUCAAUACUUGUGGUUUUUACAACAGUCCGAAUCAUACGGGACACAGGCGUUAUUAUACUGGAAGGGGUUCCAAAGCAUUUGAAUGUGGACCGCAUUAAAGAAGACUUAAUGAAAAUUGAAGAUGUUUAUUCAAUAGAAGAUUUGAAUGUUUGGUCUCUCACAGCAGGAAAAACUACUGCCAUAGUCCACUUGCAAUUAGUUCCAGGAAGUUCACGUAAAUGGGAGGAAGUUCAGUCCAAGGCCAGACACUUGCUGCUGAACACAUUUGGAAUGUAUAAAUGCUCUGUCCAGCUUCAGAGUUACAAGCAUGAAGUAAACAAAACCUGUGCAGGUUGUCAGAGUUCCAGUGCCUAAUUUCAUACAUUUUGGGAACUGCUGCCUUAUUCUUUAUCUUGUAGUCAAAGACUAAAGAGCAAUAAAUGAAAAACUAACAUGAUUGAAUGGAAUCCCUUAUGUGUGGAGUUGUACCAGUAUUUGAUGCCAGAGGGAGAACUGGUACUGCAAAAAGUGCAGGAGGUACCCUACAGAUAAAUGUAUUUGCUCUCUCUCGCUCUGACCAAUUUAUUGUCAGUUCGAUAUGAUUUUCAGACAAAGAUGUUUCCACAAUAUUGUUUACAGGUUGUGAUAUGGCUCUGCAGAUACCUCAUCAAUUACACUUCAAUAUUGUCCUUUGUCAAUUGUGUACCACUAAUGUACCUGCGUUCCAAAUGGAGCAUAAAGAAUUCAGUAUUUGACUUAAAAACUUUUUAAAAGUUGAUUACGUCAGGGGUCCAUAACACUUAAAGAUCCCUAAAGUAGUUAUACAGUAUUUUUGUAAUACAGUUUUUAAUAUAUUAUCUUGGAAGGUGGUGGAAACAGUGCUAGCUAAACCAUUUGAUAAACUGUCUUCAGAAAAUUGCCAAAUAUAGAAUUUACUGCACCCAUACCAGAAAUUUAGAUGUAAUGCAGGCAUUCAAAGGUCCAAAUCAAGAGGUCCUUACCCAGGCAAAAUUUCCAUUGUCUAAUUAGAGACUUCAGAACUGGACCCAAAAUGUUUUAAGUGAUCAGUUAUCUUUCAUGUAUUUUAGUAUGGCAUGUAUACCUUAGAAGCACUUAUUUAUUUAAUAAAGUUUUGACUCUUAAGAUGAUUUUAUUAUUAAUGAAAUUGAAUGUGUAAAACAUUUUAACUUGAUUCAAGGGCCAAUUAAUUAGCAUUCAUUCUAAUUAGAAUUAAUAAAUGUGCUGUAGGAAACAUUUUUCAUGAUUAUUUUGCAUUGUGAAAAGAAAAUUAUAGAAACUAUGUUAACUAUGAAGAUACUGUCAAAUAAUCAGACAUGCAACACACAUAGAUAUUCUAACAGGAAAGUAGAGAGGAGAGAUUUCAGAUAUAUUCCCCAAACUUAGAAUUUUAAUAAUCUGUUAAUUUCAUUUUUGCAUUUCCUUUAGAGAAAUACAUUCUGUGCAUGAUGUAUGAUGUCCAGGUUCCCAUGGAACUGAGUCUCACAGGCUCUCCAUAAAUCCUCUGCACUUUGACUUUAUAAGGGCAAAUUUAAACUCAGUCUCUCUGAUCUGCCUGUGGUUACAGCCACCAUGUAUCCUCCUCACUGAAGGCCGGAAGAAUAUAGACUGCAAAAGCUGAAAAGAAAACCAGAAUUUGGCCUCAGAUCUCUGUUGCACUUUGAUCUCUAUCCAGAACUUCCACUGACAUCAAUAAUAGUUCUGUGCAUGUAUCAGAAAAGAUAACUUUUGCCCUACAUUGACAGCUUUGCUGUUCAGCUGUAAAUACCAAGGCAACAUACUGUUUUAAGACCUGCUACUGUUUCAUAUUUAAUUUCAUCAAACUGAUUUGUAGCUGCAAUUAGGAUUAAAACAUGGCUUGUUUGCUUUCUCUUGGGGUAGGGAAUCAGAUGAUAAAAUUUCAGAGAUACUAAUUAACAGCACAGUAUUAGUUUGGACAAAGUGCACAUAACACUGGAUUAUGUUUGUAUUUCUUCCAACAAAGAGGGGGAAUGCGACAAUACAGUAUGCCAGCACCUUCAGCUCAGAGGUAGAGUACCAGUGUCUUUGGGAAGCUAAUGCUUCAGUACAUACAGUAUAUCACCAGUAAAGCCAUAUCACAGUUUAUGAAAAAUUGUGUAUCCUUUCCAUAUGAACUUUCUGAAAACCAGGUAUUUUGCACAUACUGGCUAUUCAAGUAGGAUUUUAUGAAGUUGCGGUUUACAGUCAAUGUAGUUAGAAGUUGGAGUAUGAUAAACUUGUAUUGUAUUUGGAGUUUUUUAUUGUAAUGAUAUACUAUACAUUUGUUUAACUGAAAAAAGCAAAAAUAUGUUGCUUUACUGUGGAUUUAU